UGUAUAUAUGCUUUUGGUCAGAAGAACCCUGAAUAUGAUUUCACAGAACUUGUUUGGGAAGUUGCAAAUCUUGCUAGUCAACUUCCUCUAGGACUAAAGGUUAUGGGCUCCCACUUCAAGAGAAAAUCCAAGCAAGAGUGGAAAAAUGCUCUACCAAGUUUGAAGAAUCGCCUUCACGCGGAUAUUGUGAGUGUUUUAAAGGUCAGUUAUGAUGCCUUAUGCGAUGAUAAUAAAAAUUUAUUCAUUCAUAUAGCUUGCUAUUUCAAUCACGAAGAACUUGAGAAAGUUGUAGCGUAUCUUGCGAACUGUUUCGAGAAUGUGAGGCACAGACUUGAUGUCUUAGCUGAGAAAUCUCUUUUAUCUAUGGAGAAUUCGAAAAUAGGAAUGCAUAGUCUGCUAGUAAAACUCGGUAAAGAUAUUGUUCGUAAACAGUUUGAUGAGCCUGGACAACGCCAAUUUUUUGUCGAUAGUGGAGAGAAUUGUGAAGUAUUACUGGCUGAUGAGGCAACAGGUAGUAGAGGUGUUAUUGGUAUAGAUUGUAGAUUUAAUGGAAGAAAAUUAAAUAUAAGCGGGAGAGCUUUUGAAAGAAUGUCUAAUCUCCAAUUCUUAAGAUUAAAAGGAUUCUAUUACGAUGCAUGGUAUAUAUCACAUGGUCUAAGCUAUCUCUCUCCGAAACUUCGAAUACUAGAUUGGAAUUAUUUUCCUGCGACACGUUUGCCUUCCAAUUUCAACCUGAAGUUCCUCGCGGAAUUAGACAUGAGCAAAUAGCAAUAGCAACCUUGAGAAGUUGUGGGAAGGAAUCAAAGUAAGUAAUAUAUUUUACUUAUUUUGUUUUCAGUUUUAUUUUGAAUCUAUAAGAUGUUUUCUUUUGUAGAGUUAUUAUUAUUAUUUGGUCAGAUUUUUACAGUUAUUUAACGGGAGAAUCACAUU